CAGCCUUGAGUCUACCCUCUUCGCUCCCCAAACCCUCCUACACAUAUCACUGCCUGUGAACUGCGGGUAAUAUAUUCUCUAAACUGUGGAUUAUAAAUAGCCGAAAUCCAUCUGGCCAGUUGCUUCUUCACGAUGGCGAGGAUGAGACGGGGUUCCCACUUUGUGCUCGCUUGUCUAUGUUGUGUUGUCCUUCGUGGUGCUUUUGCUACUGUGGAUCUAGAAGCUUUGAAGUCUGAUAUAGCAGCUACUUGGAGGUGCCACAAAGACACCAACCCUGGACUUGCAGUGUCGGUUGUCAAAGACGGAAAGGUUGUGUUUGCAGAGGGUUUCGGGCAGGCCGACAAGGAGAACAACGUCCCAGUGACGAACCAGACACAGUUUGGCAUAGCCUCACUGUCAAAGGCCUUUGCUGCCACACUCUUGCUGAAGCUCAUAAGUCGACGCAGUGAUAUCACGCUGUCAACGAAGGUUGUAGAUAUUCUUGGAGAUGAGUUUGCUUUCCCAGAUGAGUUUCGGACCAAAUACACGACCCUUGAGGACAUCUUGUCCCACCGGACAGGCCUGCGUCCGUUUAACAACAUACGGUUUGACACCAACCUCACCCGAGCCAACCUAAUCGGUCGAAUCAAAUACCUGGGCAGUACAGGGGAAUGGCGGGGGAGCUACAUCUACAACAACUUGAUGUAUGGAGUGGUGACGCGGAUAGCGGAGGUGUUGGGAGGAGACACGUGGGAGAACCUGGUGCAGAAGGAGCUGUAUGAUCCACUGCAGAUGACGUCAUCGUCGUUUGCUACCACGCUGGACUUCUCACAAAAUCAGGUUGCAAAGCCCUACUUCAUUAAAGACGGGGCACCAACACCUCUCAAUGUUGACUUUUCACGGCGAUGGGCCCUGUUGUGUGGGUCGGGCUGUGUUGUCACUACUGCUGUGGAUGCAGCGAACUGGAUGAGGUUUCACCUGAGUAAAGGUCUGGAUCCUUCUGGGAGGAGGGUUAUGGAGGAAACGGACAUCGAUGAGCUGUAUGCGGCCAGAACCGCAAUGAAGUCUUACACCCUCAAAUACUUCAAUAAGCCCGAAACUCCUUUCACAUCUGUCUUCGGCAUGUAUGCCUUUGGCUUCAGGGUGGGCUAUUACCGAGGUUACAAGAUGAUCGCCCACAGUGGAUCAACGUGGGGCUACAGGGCGUUGCUGACUUUGCUGCCCACCGAGAAACUCGGCAUCUUCAUCGCCAUGACGGGCGAUGACCCUAACUACAAGUACAGGUUCCCUCUGCAGAAUUACAUCGCUGACCACAUCCUCGGUGAAGAGCCGUGGCUGAACGUAUCCACCAUAUGCUCGUUCCCAGCACCUUGGUACAACGAAACGAGUUCUUCCGCCAGCUACAAAAUGGACAAGAGUUUGUCACAUGAUCACAAAAAAUACGAGGGAAUAUAUUACCACAAAGGCUUCGGUAACCUUGAAGUAUACUACAAUGAUACCCAGCAACAACUGAUAGCUAAGUACGGAUUUGCCACAUGGAAGCUGUACGAGCAGGAUGGAAAUAACUUCUACGGAAAAGGAUUUGGAAUCAUGGAACCUAAGACUUGCAAUUCUAUGACAUUCAAAAUGGCUAAAAACUCACAAUUUGAUGAAGUAGAAGCGGGAUGUUUUGAACCUAGCAUACCCCCUGUGUUUUUGAGGGGCGGUACUGCUACUUCUGGGGUUGGCGUUGCGGGGCACUGGUGGUCCCUUCAGUCUUGUGUUGUCCCUUUAAGCAUGUUUCUGAUAUUCAUGUGUAGAGAAUAAGCGCUGCUCAUAAACAUGUUGUCCUGUGUUCUCUUGUACGUGAUAGGCAAUUGGACGUCGCAAGAACGCAAGCUUCACGUUUCGGAAAAUAAAAAGAUUUUUUUGUACUUUACAACACUCAGAGGUCCGUCGGUAAUGACACGGCUUUAAAAGAAAAAUCGGAUUAACGAUGUUCAAUUAACAGGAAUAAAUUUUCAGAAUUUCAAUUUUUUACUCAUUUAUAUGUUAAUCAAUAUUUGUCCAAUUCUGUCCUAAUUAUGUAAUGUGUAAUUCUGAAAUAACUUUAGUAUCCUUACGCUAAUAGGUCCUGUAUACCCUCAAUACUGCCCAACUGACUUGUUCGAUAGAGAUAUCUUAGAAGUUGACGGAUGACUAAGUAGAAACAAUUUAUGGAUAAUAACUUCAUUAUUAAACUGUAACAGCGACGUUUCGGUAUAUAUCAAUAUUUACAGUCUUGCUUGACAACGGUAUAAGGAUCUUUUGCGAAACGUCGCUAUAUACAGAAUAAUAAAGAAAUUGUUAUUCAUUAAUUGUGCCAAAUGACGCUUCAGUUUUACUUACUCACUCACACACUAGAAGCUACACAACUUGCAAUGUCGUUCAGUCCAUGCUAGUAGUAGACUGCAGCUUAGGUUAUAGUCACCAGAAAGCGGGUUGAAAAUGAAUCGUUUAUUGCCCAUACUCAGGAUUUGUUUCAAACAGAAAAAUAACGCAUCAGUUGUUUUGUAAAUGACAUGCUCAUGAAAUGGAAGUCAUUUGUAACAAUGUCAUUGAUGACAACUUACUGAUAAAUGUUAAUACAAUUUGAGCAUCAUGAAAAUAUUUGAUAUUUGAAAGCUCACGAGUAUUUGCAAGGGUUUGAAAUAUAUUUUAGACACUGCUUGAUUUCUAUAUUUGACACGUUUGAAAUAAAACUGUAUUGAUUCAU